CUUCCGCGGCCUUAACCAAUAGAAUCAAGAGGCACUCUCAGUCUCCAGUUUGUCAAGGCUUGUUGAGUAGCUAGCUAGUAAAGUAGCUAGCUAAAGAAGCAUCUAAGAAACUGAGCACAAUCUGAUUUCCGAAAGGAGUUUUCUCGCUGGGGUUUCAUCGACGGUUUGGUUGAAAUAACCCUUUCGGGUCGGGAGACCCGGCGUUGUUCGUGAGACUGGGACUGACACGGAAGAAUAUGGAUAUGUGUGUUGCAAUACGAAAGAAGACACAUCACCACCGACUAUUGUUUGUUAAUUAGUUAGCCAGCUAGCUAACCUGAUGGGGAUCCUCCCUGUCCUUUGGAUUAUAAACCUGAUUAUAGACUGGGAAAUCACACUAGUAGUGAACACGAGGAGCUUCGUGUGUGAUCCAGAGUAUAUGGAUAUAGCUACUAGCAAGCUAGCUAGGUACACAUCUAAUGUACAGAUGUCAAUAGUGGCAAAUGGGUCAACAAUCUCCACCAACUGGUUCACUUGUUAGGCCAGCUACCUAAUUAAUUAUCCUGAGCUGCCAGGGGUAACAUGCCUUGUCAUUGUUUACAUAUCAAGUAACCUGUUAGUUGUUGACAGUCUCGCUAUCCCUUACGAAAAAAGAUUGCAGUAUAACUGCAGUUCGAGUGCAACAUAACUGCAGUAUUCUACAAAUACUGCGUCCAAAAUAAAUAAAAAACAGUUAACUGCAGUAAUUUAGAAGUGUAACUGCAGUUAUUCUGCAGUUACUGCGUCCAAAAUACCACCGUUGACUGCAGUUACUGCAUUUCAAAACUGCAAUCUUUUUUUUGUAUCAUAUGGGUUAAUGUGACAAGUUGUUGUCAAUUAACAAUUUUGACAACUAACUUGACAGCUAAACUCAUCAACUGUAGUGGAGACAGCGAUUUGUCAACUCUGAACUCUUGGUGCUUGUCCAUGAGGCCACCCCAUGCAGGUUCAGAAAGAGGAAAUGCAUUGGAUUAUUUGAUUUUUCGGGGGCGUCAUUGAGAGCACAGGAACACCUACUUGUGUACAGACCUGUCAAAGAUUAAAUGGGAGAAAAACUGUUUUGCUCGCCACAGGGUUCUCCUGGCAUUGCCGUGAUGCUGAGAGCCCUACUCCUCACAAGCCUUCUUAGCUGGGCCAGUGGCCAAGAAGGUCCGACCAUGUUACCUGAAGAAAAGACCAAAAUCAGGGACCAGAUUGUUGAGAUGUUUGAUCAUGCCUAUGGCAGCUAUAUGAAAUAUGCGUACCCAGCGGACGAGCUGAUGCCCCUGAGCUGCAGGGGGAGGGUGCGUGGCCUGGAGCCCAACAGGGGAGACAUCGAUGACUCUCUGGGGAAGUUCUCCCUCACACUGAUCGACACCCUGGAUACCCUAGUGGUGUUGAACAAGCUUGAUGAAUUUGAGGAUGCAGUGAGGAGGACAUUGAAGGAUGUCAGGCUGGACAAUGAUGUGGUGGUGUCUGUGUUUGAGACCAACAUCCGAGUCCUGGGGGGCCUGCUGGGGGCGCAUGUGAUGGCGGACAUGCUCCGUCAGCGGGGGGAGAGAAUGCAGUGGUAUGGAGAUGAGCUGCUCCACAUGGCCAAGGAGCUGGGCCACAGACUGCUGCCUGCCUUCAACACCACCAGUGGCCUUCCCUACCCCAGGGUAAACCUGAGGUAUGGGGUCCUUAACCCCCUGUCACGCACAGGCACUGAGUCGGACACCUGUACAGCCUGUGCAGGGACCAUGAUUCUGGAAUUUGCUGCUCUCAGUCGGCUGUCUGGGGAGGCUGUGUUCGAGGAGCAUGCUAGGAAAGCAUUGGACGUCCUGUGGGAGAAGAGACAGAGGGGAAGUGACCUAGUGGGCACCGUCAUCAAUAUCCACAAUGGAGACUGGGUCCGCAGGGACAGUGGUGUGGGUGCUGGCAUUGACUCCUACUACGAGUACCUGAUGAAGGCCUACAUUCUACUGGGCGACAACGUUUACCUGGAGAGGUUCAACACUCAUUACAGCGCCAUCAUGAAGUACAUCAGCCAGCCUCCGCUGCUACUCAACGUGCACAUGCACAACCCCACAGUGAGCGUCCGCAGCUGGAUGGACUCCCUACUCGCCUUCUUCCCCGGCCUGCAGGUUCUGAGAGGAGACCUGAAACCAGCCAUAGAGACCCAUGAGAUGCUCUACCAAGUCACCAAGCAACACAAGUUUCUCCCUGAGGCUUUCACCACAGAGUUCAGAGUUCACUGGGGUCAACACCCUCUGAGGCCAGAGUUUGCAGAAAGCACCUACUACCUCUACAAGGCCACAGGCGACCCCUACUACCUCAGGGUGGGCCAGUCCAUAGUGGAGAAGCUCAACGCUCAUGCCAGGGUGCCUUGUGGGUUUGCAGCCAUGCAGGAUGUCCGCACAGGGACCCACGAGGACAGGAUGGACUCGUUCUUCCUAGCGGAAAUGUUUAAGUACCUGUACCUUCUGUUCUCUGAGAAGAACCAGCUUCACUUCGACAUCGACGACUACAUCUUCACCACCGAGGCCCACCUGUUGCCUGUCUCCCUGUCCACUUCACAGCCCCCCUGUCGGGGCAACAACACGGAAGCACCCACUGCCGUGGAGGAGGACCUGUUCACCUACUCGUGCCCCAGCACCCAGACCCUGUUCCCCAACAACCCCUCCUUUGCCAAGACCAUCAGGGACAGCUACAAGUACCUGACUGGGGUGGGCCGGGCUUUCCACGCUUCACCUGACAGGUGUGUCUGUGUCCAAAUGGGUGUUCAUGUGUUGUUGUAAAUAGCUGCAUAUUCACUAAGAUUGAUUGUUUCCAUCUUCCUUCUGUUACAUCCUUUGUGUUAACCCCGCUAGGUGACCCUGACCUAGCUACUGUAUCUCUGAGGGGAUUUGAUUAAGCUGGCCCAGUUCACCGGCUGGGUGGAGUUUGCACCGUGUGAUAAGUGAUUGCAUUUGUUUUGAAACCCGGCUGCCUCCCAGGUGUGAGCCGGGUGGCCCGCUCAAAGCUGAUGGCGGCUCAAAACAAAGUGACAUACAGUGGG